CCAGAGCAGGCGCUCAUCGCCACGGAUUGCUGACCCGCAAAAAAAGGCCAAGAAAGGCCUGCGAGCCAGCAAUAAAUACAAAAACCACAACGAAAGGCAGUUGAAACCUGUGGCCACUUGUCACAAAACGUAGCCCAAAGUGCCAGUGACAGUUGUUCUGAUACAUACUUGGCAUCCUUCUUUUGUGGUGAAAUGAAUGAAAUUAAAUUCAUAUAUAUAUACACAUAUUGAAAAACCGGCUGGACAGUGAAAUUCGCGUGUGCGUGUUUCGAUUCUGCGGCACUACAAAAACCGAUACGAAACUCCAUUUAUGACCGCCUGUGGACAGCAAUAUAAAUGGAGUCGCGUUUCGGGGAGCUAAUGACAAAUUAAAUUGUUGGCACACACACACCCAGAAGAAUAACAAAAAAAACGGAAGGAAUAUCGCAACAUCGAAGGCAUUAAAAAAUUACGAACCGCGCGUGUUAAAAAGUUCGAGCUGUUAUCAACCAAAAAAAAAAAAAAAACAACAAUAACAACAAGUAGAACAGCAUUAACAAUAAACUGCGAUAAAAGCAACAGACAAACGGGAAAAGUUUCAUUAUUUCGGUGAGAAGGCAGCCAAGUCGAGGCGGCGGCAGGCAAAUCAGGAAGGACAAUGAAGGCGGCGCGCCAGGGGCGCUCAUCCUGCCAAUCCUCCGGCUAUUCCACCGCUCAUCAUCAUCAAGAACGGCGGACAUAGGGCGCGUGUUGAGCAAUUCCCGUGUCGCCGACUGUUGCGCGCUUGAGUGCCAAAUCGAAGCGCGAGUCUCGACUUUUUGCCAAUUUCCAGCAACUCAAACGGGAAAAGCGUCCUAUGGAGGAUUGGGAAAUGGAGCAGAGACCUUCAGUCGGAGCUGUGAGCAAAUACUGGAAUCGCAGAGGAGCAACAUUGGCAACCAGGAUGACGGCAAACUUCGGCAGCCUUGUUUGCAUUGCAGAUUGCAAUUACUCGAGUUUUAAAUUACGCACAGCAGCCGGGAAAAAGAUAAACGACAAGUACAGCGAAAAAGCAUUGGCGGAGCAACUUGAAUGAGCUGCGACUCAAUUGGGCUGCGAAAUCGACGAGAUGUCAGGGGUUAACGUGGCUGACCUUCUGGCCACGACAAUGACAUUACCCAUAACAGCCGCAGCAGGAGCAGCAACAUCACAAGCAGCAGCAACAUCAGCCACCAACGCCAGCCACCUGCAACCUGCAACAUUAACAGGCCACAUUUCCACGACAGCAGCAGCCAAAACUACGACGACGCCGACGAGCAGUUUGCCUAUAACAUCGCAAUUUGUGGAUGCCUCGUUGACUUCGCUAUCAUUAACAGCCACAUCGUCAGAUGCCUCCUACUCCUCGCCCUUUUCAUCCUACUUGUCGUCGGAUUCCACGUUUGAGCUCCUCUCGACAGUCGGCCCAAAUAUAACGGCCAAUGGCAGUGACAUUGCGGUGGAUAACCAGGCGGAGCUGGAGGAGAGCUGGCUGGAUCUAUCGCUGCUGCUGCUCAAAGGAUUCAUCUUCUCGUCAAUUAUCCUGGCCGCUGUCCUCGGCAAUGCAUUGGUCAUCAUUUCAGUGCAGCGCAAUCGAAAGCUGCGGGUGAUAACCAAUUACUUUGUUGUGUCGCUGGCGAUGGCCGACAUGCUGGUGGCCCUCUGUGCGAUGACAUUCAACGCCUCCGUGGAACUGUCCGGCGGAAAGUGGAUGUUCGGACCGUUCAUGUGCAACGUGUACAACAGCCUGGAUGUUUACUUUUCCACGGCCAGCAUAUUGCACCUGUGCUGCAUAUCAGUGGACAGAUACUACGCCAUUGUGCGUCCACUGGAGUAUCCAUUGAAUAUGACACACAAAACGGUCUGCUUCAUGCUCGCCAAUGUGUGGAUCCUGCCCGCCCUCAUAUCCUUCACGCCCAUCUUUCUGGGCUGGUACACGACGGAGGAGCACCUGCGGGAGAUUUCCCUGCAUCCGGACCAGUGCUCGUUUGUGGUCAACAAGGCCUACGCCCUCAUCUCCAGUUCGGUGAGCUUCUGGAUACCCGGCAUUGUGAUGCUGGUGAUGUACUGGCGCAUCUUUAAGGAGGCGAUUCGUCAACGCAAGGCCCUCAGCCGCACCAGCUCCAACAUCCUCCUUAACAGCGUCCACAUGGGCCACACCCAGCAGCCCACCAGCCUGAGCUAUCUGCAUCCCAGUGACUGUGAUCUGAAUGCCACAUCCGCCCGGGAGGAGACGCACAGUGCGCUUAGUAACUUGGAGGACAUGCUGCAGCCGGCCACCGACGAGGACGACGAUAGGGACGAGUGCGAUGAACUGAGAGUGCCAUCGCCGCCGCCACGCCGCCUCAGCCGCAGCAGCAUCGAUCUGAGGGACUUGGAGCAGGAGCGGUACGAGAAGGUCACCCACACGGACAGUGCUCCCUCGAUGAUGGCACUGCAGCAACAGCAGCCCUCCCACAAUCAGUUGCAGCCACCGGCGCCAGUGUUCAAUCCGCAGAUAUGGACGGAGGGCAAGAUGAUCCCUUCGAAGGAGCUCGAUAAGGAGCAUUCUCAUCCCAAUGGCCCGCAACAGCAGCUCAGCCUGACCAGCGGCAGUGGGAACAGCGAACCGGAACCGGAGUCCACUGCGUACCGGGUCUUUGGUGGUCUCAACAGCGACGAGAGCGAGGGCAACGACCUGUACGACACCCACCUGCCGCUGGCCGAGGACAACAAGGAGCUGAAGCGCCUGAUAGAGGACAACUAUCUGUACUUUAAGCGCCAGACGGGCGGCACCAUUAUCAGUGGCCCAGGCGGAGGAAAGUACGCUGCCCUCAGUGAAACGGACUUCAUCAGGCUGAAGGCGGGCGCAGCGGCCUGUGGGCGUAAGGCAUUCGCCUCCAGCGAUUCGGAGUUCCUGCGCACCAUUAGUGAAUCGCGGGCGUUGCCGGAGCAGCCAGUGCCCGGGAAGGAGAAGGGCUUCAACAUUCUGUCCCUGCUGUCGAAGACGAAACGCUCGAGCACCGAGUGCUUUACGCUGGAAAAGAAGCGACAUCAGGCCAACUCCGAGGGAUCCAGCUUCUUCCGGCGCUCCCGGAACCGGAAAUUGUCGCACAGCUACAACGGAUGCGGUGGCGGCAAGGAACGCAAACUUGAGAGACGCCAGCGGCAGCACAGCGAUACGGACUCCACGCCCAACAAGCCGGACAUCCUGCUGGACAUCAAUGUGCUCAGCGAGCAGAGUGGAGCCAGUGUGAUCCAGCAGUUCAGCGACGGGGUACAGCUGAUUGACUUCAGUGAGCUGAAAACACCGCCCGAGAGGAUUCGGAGCGACGACGAGUUGGCGCAGCUGGCCGAUUGCUUUGGGGAGUCGCCCCAGCAGCCGGCCACGCCGCCACCAUCGUUAUCGCCGCCAGAAUUGCCAGAACCGAGUGGCCUGCUCAUUGCCAGCAGCUCGGAACUGGCCGAGAUCUUUCGCUCGCUGAGCUUUCCGCUGGGCCGACCGGCUGGUGCUCCACAGCGCCUGAGCACGCUCAGUGACCAGGUGUGCGCCAACUAUCUGAUGUCCCCACCGAACACACCGGCUCCGCCGGCCAUUUCCGUGCCGAACGGAGGUGCCAUGGACUCUUCCGCCUCUUCCAACGCGCAGUCGGCGUCCAUCAAUGUGUACUUCCUAUCGCCGCCGCCGCAUGCCGCCGCACCUGGUUAUACGCCCAGUGACACAUCCACUGUGUCCUUGGAUGUGGUGACCAGCCUGCCUAUGCCCGUUCCAGUGCCGCAGCCAAAUCCCCAAAUGGCCUCACAGUCCAACAUAUCGCCCAAGCCGGAGAUCAUACUCGAUUCCACGCUGUCGCCGGUUGAGGGAUGCGGCGAUGAGCACCGGGAUGUCACGUCGCCACUGUUCAAGCGCAAAGAUAGCGCCGGCGAUGCGGACGUGAGCGUUUCCGGCAAUGGAGGGGCUGGUGGCGUUGGAGGAGUGGGUGGCCGCCAAGGCCGCUGCAGCAUCCUGGCAGGCUACGAUGGCAUCCAAACUGUGCGGAAGAGACAGGCGUCCGUGGUGACCUACGACGUGAAUGUCAUCAACUUCUCGCAGGAGAACAGCGACAGUCGCAGCUACAUCCCGAUGGGCCGCGUUUCCACCAGUUCCGCAAAGCACGAAUUUUCCAAUAAAUCCUCGCUGAUCCGACGCGGCGGCAUCUGCAUCUUUGUGGAUGAGGAGGAGGCGGAGAUCAUUGAGCAGCGGCCCCGCGGCAUCACCUUCGCCGCGGUGCCCAGUCCGCUGCCCAAGUGUCCGCUCUGCGGCGCCGACAUCAGCAGCACCACCGGCACCACCGCAAACGCAACCGCAACCGCCAACGCCGACAGCACAAUCGACACCACAGUAACCACUAGUAGUAAACGUAGUAUUCACGAGCAAACUCCAGAUCUUGGCCAGAGGCCCGCCUCCUCGUCCAGUUCCACUCGAUUCUGGCACAAGCGAACGGCGGCGGUCACAGCAUGUUGGCAGCAGAGCAAGAACCGGAAGCGCCGCUUCAAAACCGGAUGCAGUCACUGUGGUGCAACCGGCGGUUCCGUGCGACCGGCCAAAGGAUGGAAGGCCGAACACAAGGCCGCCCGCACCCUGGGCAUCAUCAUGGGCGUCUUUCUGCUCUGCUGGCUGCCCUUCUUUCUGUGGUAUGUCAUCACAUCGCUCUGCGGUCCGGCCUGCCCAUGUCCCGAUGUGCUCGUGGUGGUGUUAUUCUGGAUCGGUUACUUCAACUCCACGCUAAAUCCGCUUAUAUACGCCUACUUUAAUCGCGAUUUUCGCGAGGCAUUCCGCAAUACGCUGGAGUGUGUGCUGCCCUGUCUGGAGAAACGAAAUCCGUACAACGCCUACUACGUCUAGACCGGAUAGCGUCUGCAUCCCGGCCACAUUCCUGCUUCGUCCACCCUCGUGGAUGCGGAACAAUGCCCCUAUAAGUGAUAUUUAAUACUUGAGUGAAUCGUCGCACAUGUAUAUGUGCCCAAGGAGGGAAAACACCAGCUGAAGUGAAGAGAAGUAACAAGAGCAACGGCCAUACCAGUGGCAUUUGUGCCAGGAUAUAGCUAGCAUAAUCCUUGAAGCUAAGCAAUACUCGAUGUGUGUUUAUGUAUACGUGUACAAUUUCGUUUAAGCAACGAUAGGGAAUUUAAAUUAAAGUUGUGUUCUAAGCCCGCCAAGCCGCGGCUGCAGGGACAAUGCUGCCCCGGAACUAUACUAUCCAUAUAUAAGUGUUGUUUGUCCAACUAAACAGAAGAUAUACGUAAUAACUAUACAUAUAUGGCAGAGCGAAAGCCAAUUAGAAAUCGAGCGACUCUUUGCGUAGAAAAGUUCCAACUUCAAGUGAAAUGUUGUCAAAUGAAUCAUCUAAGAAUUAUGUACACCACUUCGGCUUGUCGAAGGCGAAACACUUUUUCCAUCGAUUUUUGGAGUAUUAAUACGAUCCAAAAUUGGAUUAUUCACAUGUGUCAUCAUCGUAUAUUAGGAUUGCAAAUCCUGAGCGGAAUGAACUCCCUGCUUUUAUUUCAUAUUAAACACACUUUUUAAUGUUGUUACAGAUAGAACUAGCCUAAAUCAUGGAAAAAGUGCAAUCCCAUAAUGUUACCUCUAGCUCUAAGUAUCAUACAUAUGUAACCUAGAAAACUAGCAAACCAAAUCUACAUAACAGAGUUAUUGAAAAUUACAAAUUACGCAAUCGAAAUUAUGUAUGGACAAAAUAUUGAAUGGAAGAGAAUUGUGUAGCUGACGUUAUGAAUUUUCAUGCAGAAAGACAAUCUUACCAAUGAGUAAAAAGAAUGAACUGCGAACAACCAAAACAAUUGGCAAGCUGUAGGAAAUUUCGCCAUUCGCUGCAAAAACGAUUCACUUAUUUCAAUUUAGUUAGUUCGAUUUCUAUUUGGAUUCACCUCUCUCCUGAGUUGCGACGACUUUUGUGAUAGUAAAGGAAAUUGAUUGUAUUUCUAGUUGAAUUGGCUUGCAUUGAGUAGGAAAUGCAUCCCGUCUAAACAUCUGUACAAUGUAUUGUGUAUCUAAGUAUUUAGGGUCAUGUAUCGCUAUGUAUUUCAAUGUACUUGCUGAACUAAAAUAUUGCAAAUUAAAGUGUGAAACU